GUGUGUGUGUGCGUCAUACUGUCUGACAGGUUGCUGUCUUACGCUCCAAACUGCAAUGUGAUGGCUGUGUAUGUAUGUCAGUGUAGCAGCAUCAUAGCGUUAUGUGCCAAUAAGCGUGUGUGUCAUAAAAAAUGGAGAAGGCUAAAGUAGGCCAGCGGUUCACAGCACCACAGGGGCUUGUGGGGUGAAGGAGCCAUGCAAAGACACCUCCCUUCCCCUCCCGCUCUGCCUUCGUCUUUGUCCUUUCUCAUCUCCUCUCCUCUCCCCACCUCCUCAGAGCCAUUGUUUCUUCACUGUCCUUUGUCUGACUCAUCCAGCGGUACAGUGAGUGACAAGGACCAAAAAACACACUACUGUCUAUACAAUCAUAACAUGAUAACGAUGGCUGUAAUCAUAAGUAGCAUCACAAUCACGACCAUGCACCUGGAUAUCUGGUCCGUUUUUGAUUUAUUUUCUGCUCUGAGAUGAAAUGUAACAGCUGAUGAUGAUAAUGAUGAUAAUAGUGACAGAUGAUGAUGAUGAUGAUGAAUAUAUAUAGUGAUUUAUGGUAAUAAUCAUGGUAAAACAGAAAGCAACAUGCACACAGGUGCUUUAUCUUUUAAGGUGCAGGGAUUUAGUAGAUCCUUAAGAGUAGAUUCACACAAUUAGAGGAUUCUGCAUUCAUUUUAUUGGCGACACAAUCAUCAUUACUAUAAUUCACCCUAUUAUCUGUUCAUGUAAAUAAGACAUCAAGAUUCAUGAGUGCAGUGAAGGUUUGUGUAUGUUUGAUGUAUUUAAUUAAAAAACAGAAACAUAUUCCACUGUUUCUGAGGGAAACAUGUCUCAGAUGACUCUUAUGUGCAGCAACAGUGCAGUGAAAAAAAGCCCUGCUUUGACCUACUUUGUUAUGUCAAGCUGGUAUCUGUAUAUAUGAAUAUAUAUAGUAUAAGCAACUAUUUCUUUUAUGAAUUUUGAACUGUAUUACUCAACUGUACGGUAGGGCUCUAGUGUGAGGGUCUUGGUCUUUUUAUGUUUUGUCUGAUGCUUUGACAGUUUUUAUUCCCUGGUCCUGAGAGAAACAAUAUUUUAUUUCAGCUGUAUUUUUAGCCACAGCAGCAGUGGUGAGUCUCUAGGUAUGGCUGGUCCACCUCUUUGGUCCAGACUGAAAUAUUUCAACGCCUAUUUGAUGGAUUGCAAUCACAUUUUGUACAAACAUUCAGGUUCACCAGAGGAUGAAUCAAACUGUCUUUGGUGAUCCCCUGACAUUUCCUGUAGCUCCAGCAUGAAGUUGACUUCCUGCACCGACUAGCACACAUUAAAGUCACAGCGAAACAGAGAUUUGAGUGUUUUUAGUUUCUGUAUUAUAAUGUAUUUUCCAGUGAAACAGAAUAUGUGGGUGUAGUUUGAAGGACAAGUGAACUUGAACUUGUAGCUAGUCCUAAAUGUUGCUGAAACAACAGUUAAGUGUAACCUGGACAUUUAAAAGACUUUCAUUUUUAGUCUGAUUGUAAGCCAGACAUCUAGAAACAGUUUUACCUGCAAAUCACUGAAUCAGUGCCUACUGUGAACUCUAAUAUAUUGCCUUUUUGUUUUGUUAGCUAGAAAGUGGGUGUUGUUUUAAGUUUUUGUUGGUAAAAAUUACUAUGUCCAAGGUCAAGAGUGAACUUCCACACUCAGUACUUUUCAUGGCAGUUGUGCAUCAAUUUUUCAAUGACUGUGACCCAUAGAUUAGGAAGAAAUUUGUAGUUUUUGCUGAUUUUUCACUGAACAUGAAACAUACAGAUCUGACUGAAAUGUACAUUUCUUGUGUUAUUAACCUUUUCUGUCCAGACAAGUGUGUUAAUUUAAUAAGUGGUGCAAUCACAUAUGUUUAAUAAAGAAAAAUAAAUCUUAUGUUCUUAAAUGUUGUGCAUCAAUGGUGGUUGUUUUCCAGCUGAAUAUUAGGAAAACAAAAACAACAGGUUGCCCCGGGCAACGGUCAUUUUCAGACAUCUAUAGUUCUGAACAAAGGCUCUACUUGCCCCUCCCACAAAUGUGACAUCAUAAUGACCUUUAGAAUCAAAGUGAUGCAACAAAGUACAGCAGGAGACUCAACUCACCACUUUUCAUAUAAACUGCACUUCAACUGAUGCACAUCAGUGAGAGGAUCGACUUCGACGUUUCGAUUUCAAGAGGACCAUGUUUGGAACCAGAGAGAAAUUGUCACAGCAAUCGAGCGAAACCAUGUCUAUGAAUUAUCAUCAUCCUACACCAUCUGAAUGGGAGACCAUCUCCUCUUCCACCUCUUCUUCCACCUCUUCUUCCACCUCCUCUUCCUCCUCCCAGGACAUCCUAGACGUGCUCUCCUCUCCCUCCUCUGACUAUUUGGUUCAGUCUUUUCUUGGGGAGGGCUGUUUUGGGGAAGUCACCAAGUGUCUGAAGACAGCGACCAUGGAAACCGUGGCUGUGAAGAUGGUCAAGGACUGCAACUUCACGGAUCAGGCGAAGAAUGAGGUGGAAAUCCUUGAAGAACUGAGGGCUUUCGACUCCGACAAAUUCAACUUUGUCAGAUACAACGACGUCUUUAUCGACAGAGAAAGCGUUUGUCUGGAGUUUGAAAUGCUGGACAUAAGUCUGCUGGAUUUCGUGGAGAGGAGACCUUCCUGUUCUCUCCUCGUUCAGGAAAUACGCCCAAUUCUGCAACAGGUGGCCACAGCCCUGCAACUCCUGAGGAGCCUAGGAGUUGCACAUACCGAUAUCAAGCCCGACAACAUCAUGAUGGUGGACCAUAUCAACCAGCCACUGAGGGUGAAGAUAAUCGAUUUUGGCUUGGCCCGCCGUGUCUCACAGUCAGACUGGGCCACGGACAUUCAGCCACUAAAUUACAGAGCCCCAGAGGUCAUCCUGGGCUUUCCCUAUACGGCGGCCAUCGACAUGUGGUCUCUGGGCUGCAUGGCUGCAGAACUGUUCCUGGGCGAUUUGCUGUACCCUGGUAACUGUGAAUAUGACAUGUUAAGACAUAUUAUACAGACUCAGGGUCAGCUACCGGAGAAGCUUCUCAAUAACGGAGUCAAGACCAGGUGCUUUUUCCGGCAGAAGAGUGACCGUCAGUGGAGAUUAAAGACGCCAUUUGAAUACGGAAUCAUCAGCUGGUCCAAGACGUAUUUCACCUCCCUGGAUGAUAUUAAGACGGUUCACCCAGUAUGUCAUCUGUCAGACGAGGACAUCGCGGCUGAAAUCGACGACCGGGAGAACUUCGUGGAUUUACUGAAGCAGAUGCUGGAGUUUGACGUUGCUAAACGGAUAACACCCAGCCAGCUUCUUCAGGACCCGUUCAUCAGCAUGAGGGACAUCGCAGCCAGAUACCCCGACAGCCUCUAUCUUCAGUCAUGCGGUGAAAUGAUGGACGUCUGUCGGCAUCAGAGUCUGAGCUCAGAUAGCUCAGGCUCUGAAGUUCAGUCCAUCCAGCAGCCGUGCCCGAACCCGCAGGCCUCCUUAAGCUUCACCAGCCAGGACCAGACCAACAUCUGGAUCACAUCUGCCAUCAAACCUGUGGAGAAAAGACUCAGGGACUCACAGAGCGAUGACAGAUGCCCGGACUGCAUUUCUCCAGAGAGAAAGAGGAUUAAGAUGGACAUGGAUCUCAUCCAGAGACACACAAAUUUGCCUCAGAAGUCCAAAGAGGCUCCAUCUGAGGCUCCAUCCAGGGAGGUCAAAGUUAAGCCUCAGAGAAAAAGGAAGUGGGACACUUUUAUGGCUUCACACAGCAGCGACAGAAGUCCAGACAGUGUCUCACCAGAGAGGAAGAGGAGGAAGAUUAACCCUGAUGAUGUCCAGACACAAACAGAGUUGCUUCAAAACACCAAAGAGGCCCCAUCUGAGGCUGCGUCCAGCGAGGCCAAGGCUAAACCUCAGAGGAAAAGGACGUGGGACACCUUUAUGGCCUCACACGACGGCAAUAGGUAGGUAUUAUUUUACUUGUUUUCAUUAAAUUUUAGUUUCAAAAUUCAAGAGAUUAAAACAACAAAUUUGGUUUUUAGCAGAAGUCCAGACAGCGCCUCCCCAGAGAGGAAGAGGAGGAAGAUGAGCCAGCUUCAGGGCUCCAGAGAGGCUCCACCUGAAGCUCCGUCGAGUGAGGCCAUGAUGGAACCUCAGAGGUCCUGGGCCUCUUUUACAGCCCCAUGCAGCGGCCAAUGGAAGUCCAAACACCACCUGACCAGAGAGGAAGAUGAGCACGGAUGAGCUGGAGCGACAUGCAGAUAAGAUCACUUUUUAAGCCCUGUUAUAAAGAAAUAGCAGGUCAAGUCAGCCAUUCAGCUAGAUGUCCUGUAUCAAGAUGAGACAUUUGUGGGUAAUUUGGGGAAACUUUGUAAAUUAUGGUGAGAUGUAGAACAAAUGUUAACGAGCAUAUAUAGAGGUAUGCUCUAAUAUGUCAACAUACUCACUUGGGAUCAAUUUACUUGAAAUUAUUUUGCCAGAAAAUGUCUAGAUAUGAUCUAGAGGUUUAGUUUAGUUUAGUUUAUUAGGAUCCCCAUCAGCCAUUACACUAGGCAACAGCUACUCUUCCUGGGGUCCACAUUAACACAAAAUACAAUACAAGUCAAGAUAAGAUGAAGAGAAAAAAAACAAUGGACAAAGUCAUAAAGAAAGAAACACAAAACUUAGAUGAAGUGAGGAAGAUUAAGAUGUUCUGCAAGUCUGACUCUCUAUCUGCAAGCACAGGAGUCCACGAGAGGCUGAAUGCUCCUGAACUCUGAAGAGGCUCCAGUGAUGAGGACCCAGACCAAGUCUCCGAGGGAAUAAACGGUGUCUGAUGAGGAUUCAGAGACUGACAACAAGCAGGUGUAGUAUCACUUCCCUGUGAGUGUCACUUUUAAAAUUAACAGUUGAUGUCAUUGUUUUUUUAGGCCAUGGAUGUAACUUCGGCCAGAAGGACCCAGAGCUGAAGAACGGUGCCAGAGUGAAGAAGUUUGAGGACUACAGAUCAGGACAAGGAUAUAGAUUUGGUUGUAAAUAAAUAAUUGUGUGUGUGUA